AUGGGUGUAGUCCCCAAAGACACACCAUUCGUGUGUAAUCAGAGCUGCAAAUCAGUGUGCCCUUUAGAUAUUGCUAAUUGUAAGGAAGACAGGUAUGUUGUAUUUAAAUUUGAUUCAUUAGCCAAAUAGUUAUUUGUUUCCAAAAUAACUAGUUUUGUUAGUGAAAAUUUUUAUUGUACCAAAUUUUUGACUGUGUAAUUUUUGGUUGUCGACCAGUUAUAUAACAUAUAUACAUGCAAGCUGAAAUAAUUUGUGGAUUUACAACAAAUUUAUCAUAUGAGGCCUAAAGGCCCCAGUAAACGAUCAUUUUUGAAAAUUAAUUUACCGCAAAGGUCUUAAUUUAUUAGUGGGCCACUCAAACCCGACCUUUAUAUGUUUUCAAGUCUUAAGAACUAUCUGCCACAGACUAGACUAGCAGUAUGGUAUUUCAUUUUCCUUUUUUUUUUCAUUUUAGUAAUAACUUCAGUUUACUGGUAACUUUACUUUUUAUUAUUAUUAGGGAAAACCUAAAAAAGUUGAUUGUUAUAAUGUCAACAAACAAAAGGAUGCACUAAAGAAGAAUGGAAUCACAGUGGAUGGAGUACAUUAUGCUGUGAGAUUUAAAGGUAAGUUUCACAUAAUAAUUAAUAAGGUAUUUUUUAGUACCUUAAUUUUCAAUCCAAAUGCCUGCAUGCACAUUGACCUGUUUUUAAAAUUUAUAUCUACAGUUAUACUUGACCUGAAGACCCUCUAUUUUUUGCUGGAACAAAUAGGGAAAGCGAACUUUCAGCUUGGGAAACAAGGAACUGAAGUAGAGUGUUGCUUUAUAUGCAAAGCAUUGAGAGUAUGUGGAUAUAUUCAAAAUCUCUGAGUCAACAAAUUCUACUGUGCAGGUUUUGACCUUACCAAUGACCAACUUACUAAUAUAGUACUAUUAGAUUUUCAGUUGUGCUGGGUAAAAUUUCUUAGAAAAAACUAGCUAUGAAUAAUGGCUAUUUUUAUGGGAUGUUGCGAUCUUGGUCUACAUACAGUUUGUUUGAAACACUUUAGCAUGUCCAAGGCCAAUAUUGGAGGGUUAUUUAGUUAUAGUUUUGGUUUACUAAGAAUUCUCCGGUGAUACUUGUUGAGGCAUGCAGCCCUUGAUUAUUCAUGAAUUUCAGCAUUUGUAGUUGUCAUUUUGAAUUCACAGUAACUUCUAAUUAUAAAAGGCAUUCAAAACAUUAAGGUUAUCUCACUACGGUUAACCUCUAUUCAAAAAAUUAAAUUCCCUGGUAUAGUGAAUCCCUUCAUCCCAGCAUUUAUAGCUUAACAAGUAUGUUUUCUAUAAAAGACUCACUUGUUAUAUAGACCUCAUUUUAGCAAUAAUGUUCCACUGCAUGGAAAAGGAAGCAAAAAACUUUUUUUGGAAAAACAUGGUGUUUAAUGCCCCUGUCUAUAAAAUGUUGGCAAUUAUCCUUGUCUUGUUUUCCUAGAGAGCACAUAUUAUUUUCCCAUAAUAAUAUACCACAGUCUUCCUUUACUGUAGGUGUGUCAAUGUUGUAGGGGCACUGUCAUAAAAGACUGAAAACCUAUCGAGUAAAAUACUUGAGUUUGAAAUCUAUAAAACUGUUAAGUACCACUUCAGGGGAGAUAUCCCCUACAACUAACAAAAUAGUGAAUCUUCUUUUUUCUAGUUUCAAAGGCAUCCGUGAUGACUUAGAGUUCCUUCUUGAAGAGGAUUUAUCGUCUAUUAAUCUCUGCGCCCUUCAUUGCAAACUUAGAAAUACUGAACAGCUGUUAUCAUUAUUGGGUUUGUUUCCGUACAAAGUGGGUUCACUUGAUGAAUGUAAUGCCAAAUUGGCAAAUUAUGGCCCUGAGAAUUUUGGCAGCAAAAUAACGGUGAAGAUGAAGGAGGGCCAAGAAACUGCUGUUGAAAAGCACAACAUCCAGGUGUCUUCAUUUUCAGGUACCUUCUAUCUUGUUUCAUUUUUGUCAUGAUUCCUUUAAUUCGCUUUAUCCACUUCAGGGCUUUUACUUCCGUGCUGUAGCAGCGGCACGAGUUUCAUUUGUACAAUACCUUGAUCCUUGAUAUGAAAACUGUAACACUGGUUUGUAAUGAAGAUGUCAUUAAGUUGUGAAUUUAAAUCCUGUUUGUUUCUUUCUGUACUAUUUUUCCUGAAGGUUCUAAUGAACGUGAACGAUUGUCAGGAACUCCUUGCCUCAUGACAAAUUUAAGUCAUAUUUUGCUGAUCCAGAAAGUGUUAAAGAGGUGCUGCGGAAUAAAGUCACAUUUUGUAAUGAUAGAAUCAAGGUAUGGCUCAGGAUAUCACAUGAUUUGAAUGUUUCACUUAAACCAGUGCAACACACAAUAAUAUUUUUUGUGUAGUAUGUAGAAACAUGCACUGAAAAAAUGGUUUCUGUUUAAGAUAUUCAAUGAAUUUUUAAUAAUUUGUUUUAGUACUAUCAGGACAUGGCUAUUUCAGACAUUCACCAGAGACUUUGGUUCAAAGCAGGAGACUAUUACCCUCACAGGUUCAGGUACAUGUUAACCCAUUCGCUCCUGGAGAUUUUGCCGAAAAACGCGUUUUGAAGCUAGUCGAGUGGUUUUCUGGUCACUGUCGUGCUAUAAAGAGCUAAAACUUACCACAAACCGGUUUAAAGGUCGUACACUUCGCAGCCUUCUGAUCCAGAUGCAAAAUAUUAGCUUGCGAAGUUCGGGCAUGCGCAGAAAGCAAAAUUUCGAGAUUAAAAAAAUAUUUAAAAGUGACACAGCAGUCUUGACUUUUACUUUUCGCUUUCUCUCCUCCCUUCUUUUUUCGCUUUUCUUGCCUCAUUUUUUUUUUCUCUUGCUGGGCAUUUAGUAGGCUUCAUUUUGGUGGGAAGAGUUUUUAGGAAAGCUUUUAGGAUCUUAGGAUUAGGUGAAAGGAAAGGUAGGUGGGUAAUGGAACAAGAUUUUCAUGGAGAUUUUCAGGUCAACGUCACGUGGUUUUUUGCUUCUUUCUCCGGUGUCCUUGACUGAAUUGUGCUCAUUCUGGUAUGGUUUGAAAGAUCUCUUCACUCUGCACAAGUUAGCGAAGAAAGUUGUCCUUGACCGUUAAACCUGAUGACGUCACAAAGGGUAGAAAGGACCUGGAUGCGCACGGGCGGUUACGGGCGGUUCAGGGGCGAAUGGGUUAAAGUCAUUAUACUGUUAUUUAAAACCUUUCCUUCCCUUUGACUGUGAUAAACCAGACAGUUUGAAUUAAUGACUGCAUUUACAUCCAUCUACACUGGAAGUUGUGAUAGGCUAGCUAGCACUGUUAGUAUUAAUACAACCCCAUGACGUGACCAUUGUGUAUCAAGGGUACAUCAUUAUUGCAUCAGAUUACUGCAUCCCAACUGAGUGAAUGUUCCUUAGCAUGUACAGCACACCCAGUGGUUUGUGUUCUUGCAUAAUAGUCCUCCCUUAAAAAGAAUACCCCCUUACACUUCUUGAUGUGACUACCUAACCUGUUUUCCUUAGAAACUGGAAAAGAAGUUCAAAGAAGACUGGAAUUCUGGGAAGGCAGGCUACGUGAAAUCGGGGAAAGAUAUGUGGAUCUGUCGGAGAAGUGUGUUGGUGGGUCGGUUGCUAAAGGGAAACGAGGAAAGAAAAGGCAGAAGGUGGACAAUGCUGAUCUUUCUCAGCUAUCUGAUUAUGCAGCAGAAGUGUUCUACUGUCUAAUUUUUUUCUUAAAGGUAAUCAAAUAAUCAAGUCUUUUUUUACUUAAUUGGAAGACACAUUGGACAGUUUUAUGAGAAGUAAGAUAUGGGGCAAAAUCCAGACACGUUAAGUUUAAACUAGUCAAGCUGAUUUUGCUUUUGUCAACAAAAUUCUUAACUUUAACAAGUGGCAGUUACAAAACACAGGUAACAAGGGAAGGUCACUGCAUGCUCUUAUAAAAAAACUGAGAUAGGCAUGCAGUUUCCCUUUAACUUAAAACACCUCAUUUCAGAUUGAAAUUUGGGCUUUUCGUUAUUAUUCAUUUUGAUUUCAGGUUUACAUUGACUGGAAAGACAUUUCUGAAGUUAUUAGAAGUACUGUCUUUGAGGAAGAUUAGCAAGAUUUAAUUGACAUUAUUGACAUUAACGGCUUUGUGUCAGGUAUUUCACUUUUAGUAAGAGUGUAAAGGGGCAAUUACACCGUUACGGACAUUACGCUCAGAGAGCAUUUUUUAACUUUGAUCUCCUGUCCUGUUCACAAUAUGCAGUAUAAUUAUUUGUUUCCUUCAAACGUUUCAUAAAUCACAGGAACUGAGCCUUAACAGUCGUGAUUAAAUUGACGGUUGUUUUAGCUGUAAUGUCUGUAACAGGCCUUUCAGUCAAAAUCGGAGGGAGCUAAAAAUUUGUUCUCUGAGUAUUUUUUUAUUGUGCAAAAGGCAAGUCGUUAUGGUGCAAUGUGGUUGAUACAAAACAGCAAUUUAAUGCAUAUUUUUUAUUGGCAAAUGCUCAAAGUUUUCUUCAGUCACAUUAAAUUUCUCUGAGGUCUAUCUUAACUGCUUUGGUUCCCUAAAAGGUUGUGUUAUGGACAUUACACCAAGUGUUACGGACAUUACUAACUGUGAAUUUUUUCUUGAAAAUUAUAUUAUGUGUACUAUGAUGCUAAAAAAAUUGCUUAUUUCAUUUAUUUUUAUGUGUUAAUUUUACCAUCAGCAAUGUAUAGAAGCCCUGAAAAUUUAAAUGAAAACAAAAGCACACAAAAGCUGUUUUGUAAUUAUAGCUGGUCAGCGCAUUCCUUUUCAGAGCAUGCUCUGAACAUUCUUUCAAAGAAAACCACUGACCAGUAGUUUUAAUCAAAUUAUGACAUCUCAUUGUACGCUGAAAGUUACAUAAACAAGAUGGUUGUCUUUUCCAAAAAAAAAUGUCAAAACAGGGGCUGAAAGGGCCAGAACUUUUAGAGAGGUAUCAGGCCUAUAAGAACAAAGACAAAGAAAGGAAAAGAGUGCAAAGAAAAGGUCAAGCCCUUAGUCCAAGUGAAGUUGCAAAAAGGAAGAAACUCAUCUGUGAAAGAGUCAGAAAAUACAGGCAAAGACAAAAAGAGAAGAAAGCAAAAAACUCUUCCCAAGACCAAUAUGUAUCACAAGCUUACCAAACACCCCAAGCUCUAGGAAAGGUUCUUGGUAAGGUCAGCAGCAGAGUGCUUCCCCAAAGCCCCAGAAAACGAAAGGCUGUGGUUUUCAAACUAGCACAUGCUUCAGGUUUUCUUAGGAAAAAGAAGUGCACUAGAGGUAACAGGGGUCUUCCAAAAGAGACGGUAAAAUUUGUUAAAGUUUUCUUUCAGCUUGACUCCUUCUCUCGCCAAGCACCAGGCAGAAAAGACUUUGUCACUGUUCGGGAAAACAACACAAAACAUCAUAUCCAGAAAAGUCACUUGUUGCGGUCCCUAAGGGAAUGUUAUAGCAUAUUCAUGAAAGAAAACCCCACCACUGAGAUUGGCUUUAAUAAGUUUUGCUCCUUAAGGCCAGUGAAUGUCUUGCUUUCUGCUGACAUGCCUAGAGAUGUUUGUCAAAAUGCUUUGCGAGAGCCUGCAUAAAGAAAUAGAUGAUUUUCCACUGUACUCAGCAAGUUUUGCAGAAAAUUUUGUUUGCAACCCUGAGUCAGAACUUUGCAUGCUUGGCAAUUGUAAAAGUGUGCAAAAUGCCCCAGCUUGUUGCAAAAAAUAAGGUCAAGUGCAGGAAACCUUGAUGAGCAUGCAACAUGGUAUCAGUGGGAGCAUGUGGAACAAAAUUAUGGUGCAGGCAAAGAAAGGAAAAAGCAUGAAAAGGGUAAAGAAAAUUCAGAAAGUUCUGAAAGAGGGUACUGUUGAUGAUUUACUGGAAGAUCUAGAAGUUCAGCUGCCAUCAUUCGUAGAACAUGUGUUUGUAAAGCGACAACAGGCAAGAAUUUUCAAAGAGAAGAUAGAACAUCUGACAGAGGAAGAGGCAGUGGUGCAAGUUGAUUUUGCUGAAAAUUUCAGCUGCAAGUACCAGGGAGAAGUUCAGUCAGCAUACUGGAGCCAAGAUCAAGUUACCCUGUUCACUGUUGCAAUCUGGACAAAGGCUGCAGAUAAAAACAGCUGUUGUGAAUCUCACGUCAGUGUUUCAGAUGAUUUGAAGCAUGACAAAACACCUGUUGCUGUGUUCAUGUGCAAAGUUGUCAACGACCUUGUGAAGGGGAGACACCCAAACAUAACUUGAGUUUGGAUAUUUUUAGAUGGACCAAGCUUGCAGUUCAAGAACAGGUACAUUGCUUAUUUUCUCCAUUUACUUCAAGGUCAAGGUCUUAACAUCCAGUGGAACUACUUUGCCACAUCACAUGGGAAAGGGGCUGUUGAUGGUAUUGGGGGAACUGUGAAGCGCAUGGUUUGGAAUGCUGUAUCCACAAGAAAGGUGGAAGCAGUCAAAGAUACUUGCUCUUUUGCAAGUGUUGCAAAUAAGUUGAGCACAUCUGUUGCAGUGACUUUUGUUGGAUCUAAAGAAUUAGAAGCUACUGCAGACUUACUUGGAUUAAAGAAAUUCUUCUCUGUUGCACCAGUAAUCCCAGGUAUUGCCAAAUUUCACAGCUUAGAACCACUCAGGAAUGGCCUUAUUCGUUGCCGUACUUUCUCUUACCAGAGUACCUGGAUUGAAAUGGGUGUCCAGUUUUCUGGUUCAGAAAAUGAAGACCUGCAUCAAAAUGAUAGUGAUGAUCAAGACUCUUCCUCUCUAAGCAAGGGAAGCAACAGUACCAGCAGUGUUGAUGAAGACGAGACCAGUGAAGAGAAAGGAGACUUUUUCGGCAAUGCUUCAAGAAACAGCCAUCACACGUACAAAGAAGUUUCAAGUGAGAGCAGUAAGGAAGACAGUAAAAGUCAUGAUGAAGAGGGUGACUCGAGAGAAGAAGAAGUUGUGACAGGAAACAAAGGUUCAGGUGGUCCAGAUGCGAAAGAAAUAGCCAGCAAUGCAAAUAAAAGUUCAAGUGACAAGGAAGAGAUGUCAGAGAAGAAAGAUAACCAAGUUCAGCAGGGCCUUUCUGACAAGCUACUAUCACUAUUCAAAGGAUGUGCUUUGUUCAGCCUUCCACAUCAUUUAGACUGCCAAGUAAAUGCAGUUUCUGAUGGCUGA